ACAGAAGAAGAAGAAGAGUUUCCGGUGUACGUCACUGUGGAGAAAACAACAUGGAGGUGCACAUGGAUAAUCAAAGUUGAUAUUCUAGUUUGAGUGUCUGAAGAUCGUAUGUCAAGACUGCUCGCCAGGAGUACAACCACAUUUACAGUGAGCCAGCAGAUUUAGAAACAUGUCACUCUUGGGGAAGUUGAGACCGCUGAUGUCGUUUCUUCAGGUUUCGCCCGUCUCCCAGUGGACCACCCCCAUCCUCUCCAGGACGAUGGCCACCCUGAACCAGAUGCACCGGCAGGGCAAGCCCGCUCGACCGCCGCCGAAGUUCGGCGCUACGUUCGGACGGCCGCAGCUGAAAGCGGUGGUGCUAAAAACCAUGAUCCGCAAACCCAAGAAGCCCAACUCGGCCAACCGCAAGUGCGCCCGCGUCCGGCUGUCCAACGGCAAAGAGGCGGUGGUGUUCAUCCCCGGCGAGGGACACAACCUCCAGGAGCACAACGUGGUGCUGGUGCAGGGGGGCAGAACGCAGGAUCUGCCCGGCGUGAAGCUGACCGUGGUCAGAGGCAAAUAUGACUGUGCCCAUGUGGUGAAGAAAAAACAGUGAUUGAGGAAGAAGGGAUACUUGUUUGUGCACUGUAGUUCUUAUUCUGUGUUGUGUGUGUUUUAAUGUGUAAUAAACCUGGUAUUUGUCAGGUUGUA